AUGGAAGAGACUGAAAUGGCUACUACAUCAGGGGAGAUAGCAGAGAAGACUUUGGAUAUAGUGAAAGAGAGAGAAGAGGAGACUAUGGAAGAAGAAGAAAGGGUAGAGGUGAAUGCAGCAGAAGGUGGAGGGUCAGAAGAAGAGGGCGCAAGGUCUGUAUCAGCUGUUGGUCCAGUGAAGGUGAAGCUUCAUGACUCUGCUACACUGUCCUGCUCUGAGAGAUGCUCUGGUUUAGCGAGAUGGACUGUGUUCCACAAACGCAGUGACACUCUGGCUGAGUGUGAUCAGACUUCAUGUAGAUCAGUGAAGGAGGGAUAUCAGAUGAUCCAUGAUCAGUACCUGAAGGGGAAUCUCUCUCUCAUCAUCACUGACGCUGAUUUCAGUAAGAGAGGCUGGUACACGUGUGACUGUGCCAGCAAGGACGUCUGUGAUGUUCAUCUACAGAUUGAGCCCUUGAACACUACAGUUGAGAUGAUGUCCAGUAAAUCUCUGAUCCUAAGGGUGGACGUAUCAGAUGCAGUGGACGUGAUUUAUAACAGCACAGGUACACCUGGACCAUCCAGUGGUCAGAUCUGUACAGUGGAUGGACCCUCACUACAGUGUAAACCUGAAUACACACAGAGAUCAUCACUCACAUCUGGUGUUGAGCUGAGAAGAAUGACUCCAUCAGACAGUGGAGUUUAUACUGUAAUGGACAGCAGGAAUAAAGAGGUCAUUCACACCUACACAGUGACCGUCCAAGAUGUACAGCAGAGCUCGAUAUGGAAGGAUGGAUAUCAGAAAGGAAACAGUGAUGGGUAUCAGAAGGGAAGUGAAGAUGGAUAUCGUAACGGAUUGGGAAUUGGAGCAGGGGUUUUUGGGGUCAUAGCUCUGGCUCUUGGUGUAAUUCUAGGAAUGUUCGGUGGGCCGUGGGUGCGUCGUCUAAUGGGCUUGUGUGUCCAGAUGUUCAGAGGAAAAGAUCCCUCAGACAGAAGAAGAGGCGAUCCUUCAGGUGGGUUACAAGCUGAAGACGUAGAAAGUGGUGUUGCCCUGGCCAGAGCUCCUCAGCCAGAGCUCUGAAGACUAAACAGCUUCUGUAAGUUCACUUUUUCAGAAAUUCAACGUCAUCUUCUGGGAAAACUUGAAGAAAAAGAAGCUUGAUGUGAUGAUCAGCCACAGGGACCAUGUCGGAUUUGUCCUGUUACAGUCUCAGUAACUCCUAGACCUCAUGAGAGAAGCAGUACUUCAGUCCUCUAAAACAGCUGUCUGAAGAACGUUUCUUCAGUAGGUUUUAGUUUGGGAUUAGACCAACGCGUUGUGGGAUUUCAUCAGUAGUGUGUUCAGUGUUAUUCAGUGAUUAAUGGUGAGAAUCAGGAGAGAGUGGCUCAGUCCUUCUAACACUGAAAUACUUCGUUCUAAUCCCACUUCAAAUUUCUGUCCGUGUUUAGCUUCAAAUAUGUAGAAGAUCUUUGAUCUUGCCUGGAACAGAUUGAGGAUUCAUGGUUUUAUUAUAAAGUGAGCGCUCAGUAUACCUGCCUGAGUCUCACCCCAGUCCAAUCAGCAGCUCAGACACUCAGCUUUCAUGCUCUGAUACUGACCCUCCACCCCCAGUAGAGUCAGACAGAACAGAGUGGGACACUGAAGUCCUGUCGUAUUGACCGUACUGUGUUCUGCCCAGGACUUCCUCUUUAGGGGGUGUUGUACGGCCAUUUGGUGUAACUGUUCAAACCUCGAGAACAGAAAUGGAGGUGGCGUCUUAAACCCUUCAGCAUUAAUACAGUUUAAUAAUGAAUAACAAUUAAAACAA